AUGGAAGGGGAUCAGGAUGACGAGCCUUACCCGCAAGCAGUGGUGCUGUCGCAGACAUGCUGGGAGUACAAAACGCUCCUCGAUCAAGAAUCGGCACCGCAGCAGAGGAGGCAGCCGCAGCACGGCAAGAGAAAGGAGGCCCGAAAGUCGAUAGAACUAGGAACACCCGCCGAACGACGAUGGGCGAAGAAGGCCAAGACAAGCGCGUCAUCUGGUGUGAGAGAGCCGCGAUGUGCUGGAACGGCACCCCUCGCGACCCUUCGUCGGGCGGGCAAGGGUGAGAGCAGCAAGGACGUUGGGUCCUGGGACGUAUUCGUGCUUGUGCUGCAGGCUAGCGGCCUUCAGCAGGUCACCUCCAAGAGAGGUUCCGAGGUUGAUUUCGGCACGCUGCUCGUCGCAGACCAAAGCCUCUCUUUUUUCCGGUUGACGCUGUGGGGGAGAACGGCUAGGGCAGGCGGGAGGCUGGUCCGGGCAGGAGAUCUCGUCCGUUUCAACGGGGUCGGCGUGAGCUCGUUUCGAGGCACCGUCCAGGCGUGCUCCACCCGAAGCACCAGCUUCCGAGUCGUUUGGCGAGGCGACGCCUUCACCACCCCGCAAGAAGCCCCGAGCACCACCAUGCUGCCCCAGGGGCGGCCGCCCCCCGCCAGCGAGCGCUCCGCGCUCUCACAAGGCGGCGACCUCUCCGUGUCGCGAGAAGCGGCCUGCGCCCUGGCCGCCUGGGCGAAGACCGAGUUCCCUUCCGUCACGUCACCCGAGCCCCCCCGUGGCGGCGGCGGCAGCGGCGGCGGCGGCGGCGGCGGGCAAGACCUGUGGAACCGACACGCCACCGCCGCCGGGGUUCUGCCGUCGGUGGAGGAGGCGGAAGGUGCAGGUGCCGAUGCUGGCGCUGGUGCUGGUGCUGGCGAUGCUGCUUUUCGGCCCGGGUCGCUGGGCGCCGUGAGGAACGGGGUGGAGACCACCGUGCGAGCUUGCGUGGUUGAGGUUUCCGAGGUGGAGCGGCUGUGGAUAUGGAAGUACGCGGGAGGAAAACGUAGGAAAGACCUCGUCUCGAGAGCUACCGCGCUGCUCACCGACGGCCGGCACGAGAUGACGCUGCAGCUCUGGGGCGACAUGGCCUCCGACGAAACCAUCGACAGCUUGAGGGGAAGAGUCAUCACCGCCGGCAAGAACGGCGUCUCGGCUCGAGACGGGGCGAUGGAACGACCCGCGGUUUUCGAGUUCACCCGCCUGCAGCCGUCGUUCAGCUUCUCGUGCGAGGCUCUGGUCCUCAACGGUAAGAGCGGCACCGCGACACACAUGGACCGCGGUUCGGCGGAAGCGGUUUCCGUGUCAACAGCAGUGCUGGCCUCUGCUGCUGCUGCUGCUGCUGCCGGCGAGGGAGACGAGAGAGCUUCGGUGUCGCUUGCCAAGGCGAAGAGCUCGUGCGCGGGAGCCCCGUCAUUCCUCGCCCAAGGGGCCGGGGCACCGGCAUCCGCUCGGAGGUUCGAGUCCGUCGCCGCGCUAAUGAGCGCCGACGGCUUUUCCGGGGCGGGGUACCUCGCCAACGUCGUCAUCCGGAAAGUUUGCGCCCCGUGGCUGUCGGCUGCGGGGCCCCCCGGUGAGCACGGCCGCACCGCGAGUCUACCGUCUCUCGGUAGUGUUGCCCCGCCUGUGGUUAUUUACUUCGGCGACCCUGAUGAACCGGUCCCAGCGGCGGCGGCUGGCGAUGCUCGAUCGGCGGGAGUUGAGGCCGUCCUGGGAGUGACGGCGGACGGCGGGGCUUUGCACGAGCUGUUGGGCGGCGUUCCCCUCGACCUCCUCGCUGUCGGAAGCGGAAGCAGUAGCCGUGGGGGGAUGGCUGGCGACGUCGGUAGGAGAGUGGUGCAGUGUCUGCUCGAUGGGUUGGAGGUCGGGGGUCGCCGAGGGGAGCGUGUAGACGUAGCACUGGCUUGCUCGGCGUCUGCAGACGAAAACGGCAGGCUCAUUCCCGGGGGGAGCUCGUACCGCCUCAUAAGCCUCCUCCCUAGAUACGAGUCGGUCCCGGGGCCUGAUUCUUGAGAAUCGGGGCGGGGAAUGGCGGGGGCCCGGGCGUGUAUGUAUAUCAUGGUAGUCUACGUGGCGUGGCACGCUGUCGGUGCUACCAAAGCCGGGACACAUCUUGGUGUCCAGAGAGAUGUAUGUUAUGUAGCGCGUUUGAGCUACAAGUAUCACGCGCUUUUAAGAGUUGGUGUCGGCGACGCCGUGAAGGUAAAGAUAACGGUGUGAUAUCUUCGGUGUUGAUCAUUACUGCUCGCCGAGCGCGGAAGGUCGUAAGUAAGGCGUGCUACGGUGUGGCGUGCUGGGUCGAUUCCAUGUUGCCUUUUUUUACCCCAAGCUUCGAGUUUCUGUGUCCUCCAUCUAUUUAACGAUCGCUUCUGAACUUGAAUUCUGUCCACCUGCCCUACGCGCCGGAUUCCUCUCGCCCAGAGACCAAUAUUUCGUCAAAUGUUCAACACUUGCGCCCAGCUGAAAAGCACAACACUUCCGAUUUAGACAUGACUUUUGGUAAGCGUACACUCUGACUUGUUGCAAGAGGUUUUCAGCUUGUUAUCCGCUCGUCUUUCGUGUUUCCGCUUAGAACGGCGGAAUCGCACACGAGCAAUACGAAUGCCAGAAGGUAGUGAGCAGAGAUCGGAACGGUUUUGAGGGUGUGCAGAC